AUGCCUUGGAUUUCUAUUUUAGCACAUUUAGGAAAUGUGUUUAGCAAGAAGGCCUCUUUUAUUCAGCAUGCAAGAUUUGACCAUGCUUAUGUUGGAUAUUAUAAUGAUACGUUCGAAGUGGCUGAGAACAAUAUCACGAAAUUCUUUCAAGUAAUUCCCAGGCAACUAAGUUUUCCAUCACUAUCGGUGAGAGAUUUACGACUAGUUAAGGAGGCUCCUUAUCAAGAUAUUGAUAGGCCUUGGGUUAAAGAGUUUUUUCACAAGAACGCCUCAAAGCCAUAUUGGACAAAUACAUUUAUGAGCCUGUAUGGACAAAGAGCAGUCAAUUUUGUGUUGCCCAUAUUUGUGAAUGACAAAAGCUUUCGACGUUCUCCACCUUCCUUUCCAGUACGCGUAAAAGAUUCUAAUUUAAGCAAUGCUACUUUUCGGUACAACACUCCUUUUUUACAGAUAGAUAAUUUAUUUGCCAUGGUAGGAAUUCAAUUCACUCUGGAAUAUCUUUCAGACUAUCUGAAAAAUUUAACACGUGACUCUGACGUAUUGAGAAGCUUCAUUCUUAACUCCAAUAGAGAAAUUUUAGGUAGCGCCUCAAAAGGAGGCGCCUUAGAAAAUGACACCUUCCAUCAGGAACUCUCUACAUUCAUUUUCAACAAGAACUUGGGACCCAGUAACACCUCAUCAUUGUACAGAACAAAUAUUUAUUCUAAAUUUCAAGUGAACAUUGGAAUUAAUACUGGAAACAUGUUAUGUGGAUGUAUGGGCUCCCCUUUACGAUUCUGUUACACAGUAAUUGGAGAUAACGUGAAUAUCGCCUCUCGAUUGCAAUACUUGGCUCAAUCAUAUGGAUGCCAUAUUUUUAUUGGAGAGAAUGUUCAAAAAGUUGUCCAGAAAGCAUUUAUUUGUUUGUUUGUGGAUUUUAUCAAGUUGAAAGGGAAACGCCUCUCUACAUCUGUUUAUUGUCUGGCCUCAUUCGAGAAUGAAGCCAGUGAAAUUCAGAGAAAAUUAGCUAUCGACUUGGAAAUGGCAAAAGAAUACUUAUACAAAGGAGAGUAUUAUCAUUUGAGACAGGUUUGUGAAAAACUAGUUCUAUUAUUUAUGCUCCAAGAUGAUUUGAAGCCCGAACAAAUAGAGUUUGAGAGUGAGUUACAUCAAAUUAUUAAUGAUAGAGAAGAAUACUAUGGUUUCUAUACCAUUCCUCUACGACUAUUACAUCGAUCGCUUCAGCUCAUAACUAAGGCAGGUUGCGACACUUAA